AACACUUUAUUCUAUAAUCGAUAGAUUAAACACCUCUCCUCAUUGCACAAUUGAUUAAAUGCCUAGUGUUUUGGACGGUAGCGCAAAAAUGAAGAAGCACUGCGACAUUUGCUUUAUUAUUGUUUUUAAAUUACAUACAUAUAUAUUCGGUAGCAGGCCAUACUUACGUUGCAUUAUUAAGGUAUAAUGCUGAGAAAUGGACAAAUAUUGUUGUCUAAUACCAAAUUUGUAUGUUGCUCCUGCCAACAAUUGUCUACUGCUGGCGGAGGUAACUCGAAUUAUGCACAAAGAACAUUUUUCACUUUCAGUGAUCUGACGAAUAAAAAUCGGGAAUAUGUUAAAAAGGAAUUAAUAGGCUAUUCAAUGCAAGAAAUGUACGAUGUGGUUGCAGACGUUCCCAAUUACUAUAAAUUUGUGCCAUACGUAAAAAAGUCACUUGUACAUAGUCAACGAGUUGGCGGUUUCAAAGCUGAUCUUAUCGUCGGUUUUCCACCGCUUAACGAGCGGUAUACGUCGAAUGUUUCGUUUAAUGCUCCUAACCUGGUUAAAUCAGUAUGUAAUGAUGGUAGAUUAUUCAACUUUUUACUAAACGAUUGGCGAUUCAGUCCAGGACUUAAAGAUAUUCCGCAAUCAUGUGUUGUCGAUUUCAAAGUAACUUUCGAAUUCAAGUCCCUCAUACACAGUAAUAUUGCGAAUAUAUUUUUCGAUUUGAUUUGUGAUCAAAUGGAGCAUGCAUUUGUCGCGGAAGCCGAACGAAGAUAUGGGCCACCUUCGAUUAAAUCGCAUAUUCUAUCAUGGCGAAGAUCCUGACUAAAGCUCGUUAAAAAAAUAAUAUAAGCUAAACUUUAUUAAAGAGCUUGUGUGCUAUUAUUGUCUUAUAUUUGUUAAAAGAUUAAUGAAAGCAUUGUAUACUAUUGCAAUUAGUGAACGAUAGUAAGCAUUAGCACUGGUGAUUUUUGAUCAAUAGUGCACAAAAUGGCUUUCAGACGUACUUUCUUUUUUAUUCAAUUUAUGUUUUAAACUUUUUAAGCCUACUGUAAAUAUUAAGUAUUGUGAAACACAUCUAAAUCAAAGAAAUAUUAAAAUAAUGGCUAUGUCAGUCAUAA